AUGCCAAGCGCGCCGUGGAAGAAUACAAAUGAAUACGUUGAGGUCAACAAACUGCGUCGGACAGGUGGUAUCGCGAAAGCAGCUACAUCCUGUUGUUAUUCUGACGUAGAGGAGGGUUCAACAUCAAAGAAUGAGUCCAAAGCAUCGACGCGAUCAGAAAGUGGGCGCAAUAGUCAGGAGUGGCAAAAGGAUCCGCAGAGAAUUGGUGAAACAAUGCACCUUGAUGAUAUCUGGACGCCGGCCUAUUACGGAGAUGAGGAGAAAUUCGAUAAAGAAGGAACGAAAUCUGGCAAAACGUGGAUCCUCUUCUCCACGAAGGACGGUGACCUCAAGUUGAUGAAGGGUCUGCAAGGAAAAUCCUACCCUAUAACCGGUCAUUACGAGGUCGAAAUUCAUGGCCAAGUUUACAAAGGAAACCUGCUCUCUGAAUUAAUUAAGAAUGUGCGAGAAAAGAAGAGUGACACAGGUGAGGCAGAGCAGCGUAAAUGUGCCUCACUCGUUUACUACAGGGACUUGAAGCGGUUUGCAGGCUCCAAGAAAAUUGAACCAUUUGAGAAGAAGGAAGACGCUAAAACCAUUGGAAAGGGUGAAUUCGGUGAAGUUACAUUAAGAAGAUAUCGGCAGGAGGCCAAUGGUAAAACAUCGUCAGUGAAAGUGGCGGUGAAGCGAAUCAAACAGACGUCCAGACGUGCUCUUGUCGGGGCCAUGGAGGUGGCGGUAAUGUGCACCCUCCACAUGGACUCCACCUGCGACAAGCGGCAUCUUCUGCCUCUCGUCGGCUGGUACGUGGAAGCCGAGUAUCUCUAUGUGGUCACCGAGUUCAUGUCUGGUGGCACGUUGUUGGAUUACCUCCAAUCACUCCAACUGAGGAGUGAGGAGGAUGCGGAGGAGAGGGAGGAGAAGGACCAUAAGCAGUGUCUUGAAUUCCACCGGUUUGUGUCUGAAAUCGCCACAGGCAUGUGCGUUCUCGAGGCCAAACGGAUUCAGCAUCGCGAUUUGGCAGCCCGCAACAUUCUCCUCACUCGCGGUCAUCAAAUCAAGAUAAGGGGAGUAGCAAUAGAGAAGAAGAAUGAAGUUUACAAAAAUCCAGGCUUCAUGAGCGCUGCUGAAUAG